GUUCAGAUAGUUCAAGCGGUUCAAGAACCUAGCAGGGGGCGCUGAUCGACUUCCCGCAAAAGGCGCGCAAGCGUGUGCUAAAGCCGCCGCCUUCACAACUUCUCUUCCGCAUAAGUGAACGUGACGGCAUAAGCAUUACUUUUUUAUACAAACAAAAUGCCUGUUUAUACGAAGGAACACAUACAGGAGAAACUGCAAAAAGAGCUUGAAGCCACUUACGUGGACAUUGAAGACAUUUCGGACGGAUGCGGCGCCAAGUUCAACGCUAUCAUUGUUUCUCCAAAGUUCGAGGGAAAGGCGCUCUUGGAAAGACACAGGAUGGUCAACACUGUCCUCGCUGUAGAGCUGAAAGACAUUCACGCCUUCUCGCAGAAGACCAUGACACCUGCACAGUGGGAAGAGAAAUCAAAAGCAGAGAAAUCUAAAGGAUAACCAUUAAUAAUGGUAUAAGUGAUUAGAUAAACUUUCUUUGCACAUAUGUUGCAUGCUUUUUUGUAAACUGCCUUCGCUACAAAUUCCAGCACAUUUAAUAAAGAAAGCAAAGUCUGACGUCACUUCCGAGAAUUAUUCUUCAUUCUGUGGAAGAGACGCAGCAAGUUUCCGCUUCAUAUUUCCAAUAGCAAAUACUUUUACAGACUGUACUGAUGUGUAGACGUAUCCGUGAGAACACAAGUUUUUAUAAUGAAGCCCCAUCGAAGCAAGAACCAUAUGCCAAAUGUUUCUGUGAAGAGCUUAAGAAGAAGGAAGAAUAAACGUUUAUUGUUU